AAUCACGUUGGUGCGUUAUGAGAAAGCUGUCACCAGUUGCAGACUGCGUCCACCUGCAACUUUACAAGGACCUGAAAGAAAGACAGAAGAACGGACAAACGAAAGCUUCGCUCUCCCUCCAGCAAUACCUGGGCUUUGAGUCUGGAUUCACUGUGGACAAAGAAUCCAACACGCUAGCCAUUUUGUGUGAAGACGUCGUUCCUGUACUUGCCUUUGACACAAGAGAAGUUCUGAUAAAUUGGCGGGUUAAGGUGCAACACAACCUAGGCAGCAGCAAGGAAUUUGCAGCGGUCAUCAUAUCAUCACCACCAGCCAUCAAUAUCAAGCCUGGUCCAGUGCGGCUGCACGCUUGUGGGCCUCGAUUGGCGUUGUGUGCUUCAAGACCUCCUGAAGUGCUGGCACUUUGGGAAGUGAAGCUGUUGAGACGUUUCGGCGUAAUUGACAAACGAUUUUGCGUGGAAGGCGGCUCGCGCUGCGGCAAGGGUGAAGGCUUGUUCGUCUUCGCUGCUGAGGGUGGUAGGGACUUGACCGACUUAUUGAAUAUUCAUAGCCAAGAUGCUCAGUCACGGCUUAGCAUUGCUUCGAGGAGUGGAUCAGCUCUAGAAAAACGUUUCUCGGACACGAGCUCCUGCUUGGACGACUGUUUUCAUACUUCGUUGCGCUCUGUGUCGCCGUCCUGGGCAGGUCCUGCAAGCCAGACCAUGCACUGCCUAUCUGACCUGGACACCAGCCUGGAAAGCAACGGGGAUGAAAAGUUUAGAAGACCGACUUCUUUACCACGAUGCGCUAGUUGCAUUGGCAAGAUUAGCCAUUUAACUAGAUCAUCAACAAUGACUCCGGGUUCCAUCAUGUCUCCAGUUUGGACAAUGGACAACAUAAUCGAAAAGCGUUCCGAUUCGGAUCGAGCGUCUAUUUACUCCCGAUCCAGUGGUAGCGCCUCAGAAUACAGUGUUCCGCGUAGUGCGCUACUUUUGGACAAGAGUUUUGACUCCAAAAGAGAGAGCCCAGUGGCUUGCUGUACGCCAACGGUGCCGGUGAAGACUGGAUUUAGCUGCCAGUGCUGGCAACAGCCCAAGCCUUGUUGUUGCAGGAAGAAGACGUUCAGUGGACCUUAUGAAAAUUAUGACGUGCCAAAGACUCCUAUGCCAUUAAUACAGGAACAUCCAGUGGACAUCACAACAGACGCUUCAAGCUUAUACGAUACACCAAAGAAACUAAAAUGUCUCAUUAAUGGCCAACCCUGCAUGUGUACGCAGAAAACUGAGACCAAGGUCGAAGAUUACAGCCAAGCUGUAGAGAACAAUGACGCAUGUGAUACUAGUGUUAAUAACAACGAAGAGGCGACUUUAGAAUCACACUCGAACUACGUGAACGUUACCCCAGUUACCAAAAAACCAAACCCAAAAAUAGACUAUGGAAACUACGCCAAUUUAGACUUGAACGCAACGUUAGAGAAGUUUGAAAGCUCUCUGCAAAUUCUUAGGAGUGCAGGAUUUAGUCAAGAAGAAUUAGAUGCAUUGGAAGAUAUUCCAGAACAUGAUGACGAUAUUUCUACAGCAACAAUGAACACUGUCCAUCCCUCAACAGAAUGUUGUAACGAACAUUUAAAUUAUAUGCACAUGGAACCGCUAGAAAGCAUUUCUAGUAACAGUAAUAAAAAUUACUCUGAUAAUAUAAGCGUGAGUAGAAUCAGCCACAUUUCAGAUCCUACUCAACAUUCAGAGUCUGACAACACUCUUAGCACAAGAAGGUCCAGUUCUGCUGACUUUACAAAAAGACAAGAUGAUGAGUUCAGUAUCAAUAGCCACUGUUUCACACCUACGGUUCUCAGAAAGACCGACAAAAGUGCAUCCAUCAACAAAGUCAUACCUGUAAAAAACAAUACGCCGAAAAUUUUGGUGCCGAAAGAUAAAGUUUUCAAAGCAGAAACAAAAAGCGAAAACAUUUUUGUCGCAAGAUUUAGAGAUGCUGUCAAAAUCAGAAGAUCGUCAAGUGUACCUAGUAAAUCCGAUAAGAAUAGGGACUCUUCCAGUUCAAACGAUUCUGGCGUAUCGACUGGAUCCUUGAAACAUCACAAGGGAGAUUUUAAUGAAUUCGAAAUGCCAGUCACGAAUUCAAAGUCUUGUAAGAAACACGUGAAGAAUAGUAAGCAAAUUCGAAGAACUUUAACUCCAGUACACACGCCGUUUGUUAAGUCAAACUCGUCGGAUCCGUUGAAAAACUUGACAUUUCACUUCGAAGAAGUCGCCAUUCUCACGAAGUCGAAUUCUUGUGAUGUCGACACUUUAACACGACGGAAGAAGCGAAAUGCAGAUGCAGACAUCACUGUACGACAUAGUCAGAUGACAAACAAAAGCACGUCAAGUGGGGCUUCUGACACGUCAGACUACAUGGAAUCCCUGUCAGUCUCUUCAUUCAGUUCGUGUGACGUGUCGGCUGACAGACAUCUAACUAGACCGAGGUCUGGCAAGGAAUAUGCCAGUAUUGAUCGAGCUGCGUUGGCUAGUGUAUGUGAUAUGUCGAGUGUUUGAAAAUUUAGGAAACAACAUUAGACAUUUUAGACUACAGCGACGGCAUACAGACUGGCAUGCUCUAUAAAGAACCUUUUCGAGAAAGGAAAACAAUCAGGAAAGUGUUGUUUAAAUCUUUUGCAAAUUUCAAGCGAAUUUAGUCGCAUUGCCGAUUAGAUUAGGUAUAUUUUGGAUUGUUUCAAAUAUUUAGACAUUACAUUUCGUGAUUGCAAGCAUUGGUUAUGAAAAAUCUUUCACGCUCAUUGAUGAAAAAAAUAUUGUAACUUGUUUACGUCAUUUGAACAUUAAAAAUGGGAGUGACGGUAAAACAUGUAUUUUUUACAAACUUCAAACUUGAAUUUCUUGGAAUUAUUUUUGUGCAAACUGUACAUAGUAAAUGAAAAGGUAAGUUUACAUUUGUUCCUAUGUACAUAAUGAAUUAGAAUACAUAUUUUCAGUAAAAUGUAGUGGUAGAAUGACGAAUUUUACAUUAUUAAUCGUGCCAAAAAUGUAAUGAAAAUGGCUUUUUGUUUAGGUGGUUUUUGGGUACGUAGAUAUAGUAAACAUGUAUAAUAUAAGUAAGUUUACUUAUACAAGCUUUUUAGAAUUAUAACGUUAAUGUAAACAACAUUCGUUUUAACAUUACAAAGUCA